UCCUAAAAUGUACGUGGCUUGGACAGACCAAAAAGAGGCAAUAUCUUGCUAAAAUUGCAUUAGUAAACGCGUCGAAACAGAUUCAAUUUGCAAAGUGCUUGAAGACCACUAAACAGACCGUUUAAUGAACUAGAACAGACAGAAGCGAAGGAGGGCGAUGAUUCCAAGGAUACUAUAACAGGUUGUGCAUUAAACAAGUAGCUACAAAAUUAGAACGCCUGCUGACACAAUGAACAAUAUGCAGAGUGUGCCUGUUAAGGCCGUCAGUGUCAUGCCUCCGACCAGCAAUGGAAUAGGUAUUGGUCAGACCGUGGGCCAUGGGGUGGGCAUUAAGGGAGCACGGAGCAAUAUAUUUAAUGUAGACGGACUCCCGACGCAAAUGCAGGGCCUUAUGGUCGAUUACUCGAGCAUACGCAGCAAAGACGUGCUGGUGCGGCCGACAGAGGCACAGAUGGAGCUAUUGAAGAAAAGACUGGUAGACCGCAUUGCAGACAAUUGCGGUGAGACAAUCUAUGAGAUUGGAGUGGGCGAGGAUGGCAGCGACAAUGGUUUGGAUGUGGAGCAGUUCGCUGCCUCGGUUCAGACGCUGGAACAGUUGGCCAAUCUGGUGAACGCGGACAUGGUUAAGCUGCGAGAGCGUAAGGGCGAGAAGGGCAACACCGCACAAUUCCUCAUACGGAAGCACAUUGAAACAACCGAUUUUAUGGAAAUACGAGUAGCUGUGGUGGGAAAUGUGGACGCAGGCAAGUCAACGCUGCUAGGCGUGCUGACCCAUGGUGAGUUGGACAAUGGACGCGGCCAUGCGCGGCAGCGUCUGUUCCGACACAAACACGAGAUUGAAAGCGGACGCACCAGCUCAGUGGGCAACGACAUACUGGGCUUCGAUGGCGUGGGCAAUGUGGUGAACAAGCCCGAUCACGGUCAUCUCGAUUGGGUCAAGAUCUGUGAAAAAUCCUCCAAGGUGAUCACUUUCAUUGACCUGGCUGGUCACGAGCGCUACCUGAAAACCACAGUUUUUGGCAUGACGGGUCAUGCACCGGAUUUCGGCAUGUUGAUGAUUGGCGCCAAUGCAGGCAUUGUGGGUAUGACCAAGGAGCACUUAGGCCUUGCGUUGGCUCUGGCUGUGCCCGUUUUUGUAGUCGUCACCAAAAUUGAUAUGUGUCCGCCAAAUGUGUUGCAGGACAACAUGAGGUUGCUUUUUAGAAUGCUUAAAUCCCAGGGGUGUCGAAAAGUGCCCGUCGUUGUGCGUUCCUAUGACGAUGUCGUGCUUAGCGCCACGAACUUUGUGUCGGAACGCCUUUGUCCCAUCUUCCAGGUGUCGAAUGUGACGGGCAAUAAUCUGGAGCUCUUGAAAAUGUUCCUUAAUCUGCUGAGCACACGCAUGGCCGGCUCCGAGAACCUGCCGGCUGAAUUUCAAAUAGACGAUGUCUAUUCCGUACCUGGCGUUGGAACAGUCGUCUCAGGCACCUGCCUGCAGGGCACCAUUAAGCUGAACGAUACGCUUAUGCUUGGCCCGGACCCAAUAGGCGCCUUCAUACCCAUCACAGUGAAAAGCAUUCAUCGCAAACGCAUGAAUGUAGCACGCGUGCGUUGUGGCCAAACCGCCAGCUUUGCGCUCAAAAAGGUUAAGCGCACCUACUUGCGAAAAGGCAUGGUGAUGGUAUCGCCGGAUCUUAAACCGCAAGCCUGCUGGGAGUUUGAGGGCGAAAUCCUAGUGCUGCAUCAUCCCACAACGAUCUCAGCCCGCUACCAGGCCAUGGUGCACUGCGGCAGCAUCAGACAGACAGCCUCCAUCAUCCAUAUGUCGCGUGAUUGUCUGCGCACAGGUGACAAAGCGCACGUUAAGUUCCGCUUUAUCAAGCAGCCAGAAUAUAUACGUGCCGGCCAGCGUCUCGUCUUUCGCGAAGGACGCACUAAGGCGGUGGGAAACAUACUACGUCCAAUGCCCAAUGCGGCAGCCUCGCCCUAUCGCCCCAAGCCAGCAAAGAUGCAGUCGCGUGGCCAGAACGGCGGUAGCAAUGGUAGCAACAAUCAGCAUCGAGGAAAUGCAAGUGGUCAAGGCUGCAGCCACAAGGGUGAUGCUGGCGAGGAUGGCGCGGCGCAGCAGAACGGAGAGAAGCGUGAGGGCAGUCGACGCGGCGGCAAACGCAAGCGCAACAAUCGGGCCCAACAUGCUGCUUCCAGCUCUUCUGCCUCCUGCAGCCAGCAACCAAGCAAUGGAGCGACUGCUGCCACUCCGCCCGAAGCCAAUGCCAUCGUCAGUGCUGCGUCAGUCCAACAACCGCAAAACUAAUGUGUAAAACACAGCAUCAACAAUAUCUUGAACCACAUUUAUACGUAGCCUGUAAAUCGUGAAUAGGAAUCGUGAUGUAUGUCCACUAAAUCACCAAUCCCAAUUCUGAGUAGCUUCAUCUGGACUUCUCAAUUAAAUGCUCAAACCAUUUCUUGCAUUACUAAUAUUCUGAAUAAAUCACGAUUUUCAGGCCUCCUAUAAAAGUAGUUGCAUUCAAAAUUUCUAAAUAUCUAAAGAUACAUAUGUAUGUAUCUAAAAUUUUCAUAGCUAAGAUCUAAGGGCGUCCUACGUUUGUAAAUUGCUCGUUUUAUUUUUCUAGUUAUAGGCCAAGGUCGGUAAACUCAUCUAUUUUGCUACAACAAAACUUUCGAACAGACAAAAUCAACCGGAAAAUUUGAAACCAUAAUUGAUCCGAUAAUUCGUGUAAAAUGUUUGAUAAUAAACUGUUUCGUAUUUCGUCCCCCAUAUACUUAAUGAGUUGUACAAACAAAUGACAUUUAAUGGAAAAAAUACCAAAACGAAUUUCAAUUGUUUUAACUGCA